CAUGUGUCGAGACAACAGAGGGGACGAAUUACGCAAAGGACGGAUGCAUUGCAUAUGGGAUUUGGAGCUAUCGCCAGGCGUCAACGGGCGAAGUUUUGCAAAAGGAAGGUCAAAGACAAGCAAGCUAGGGCAUUGAUGAAUGCUUCCCGGGUAGAAUCUCUCCCGUCUGCUGGGGCAGCCGGAGGUAGAAGCUCUCUGUGCAACGAAAGAACAAUGUCCUCCUCAAAUUCCGUUCUCUCAAGUAUAAAAGAUGCCGUGGAACCCACUGAAUCCAAAGUGCUUUUGAUAUCCUGAACAAAUCGCCAUCCUUAAAAGCAUAUCAUUCCGUUUCAGUUCCCCAAAAGCAUGGAAAGACGCGCUUCCAACUAGUUCUCUUCUAUAAUAUAAAGUGAAAAAAUGGCAACCAUCACCACCAACCCCCAACUCCCCGCAACAAUGCGCGCUCUCGUGCGCACCGGCAAUGCCCAACCUCUUCAGCUCCAAGAGGUGCCCACCCCAACCCCAAUCCACGGAAGCAUCGUGGUCAAAAUCCUUCACGCCACGAUGGAUGUCAGCGUUACGCGCAUCAUCAGCGGCCACACGCCAUUCACAUAUCCAUUCCCCAAUACCCCUGGGGCCCGUGCCAUCGGGCGCGUGGCAGCCACAGGGCCUGACACUACCAGCUUCUCCAUCGGCCAGCUGGUGAUGCUCGAACCAGCAUUGCGGUCACGCGAUAACAAGGACGUCAUUUACCUCUGGAGCUUCCAUGACGGGUGGACGUCCACAGGGAGGAAAUUCAUAGAGGACAAUUGGCGUCAAGGCUUGUUUGCAGAGUACGCGCGGUGCCCGUUGGAGAACUGCUGGGCCCUGGAUGAGCAGGCUCUCUGCACUCAGUUGGGAUAUAGCACUGCGGAACUGUCUGCCAUCUCUCUCUACCCGAUUGCGUUUGCCGGGUUUCGGAAUGUGAAGCUUAUGGCAGGGGAGACGGUUGUUGUGGCGCCGGCGACGGGGUCGUAUAGCGGCGCGGCUGUGGGGCUUGCAGUGGCAAUGGGCGCGAAUGUCAUUGCUGCAGGCCGAAACGUCGACGUUUUGGAGAAGUUAAGAGCUACCCAUGGUGAGAGGGUGAAGAUUGUGCAGUUGAAGGGGGACGCGGAGGCAGAUUCGUCCGCGUUUAAGGAGCAAUUAGGUCGCCCCGUUGAUGUGUUUAUUGACGUUUCGCCCCCUCAGGCGUCCGGGUCGACGAUAGUGAGGAGUGGCUUGAUGGCGUUGGGGCCGUACGGGAGGGCUGUACUCAUGGGCUUCAUCUCUGAUGACAACAUUGCUGUUCCAUACAGCCAUGCUGUAGCCAACAAUUUAACAAUCCGCGCGCAAUUCAUGUAUCAUGCGGCUGAUGUUCGGGGUCUUUUGAGGCUGUUUGAAUCUGGCAUCCUGAAGCUCGGGAAAAGCGGUGGAGUGGAGGUGGUUGGCGAGUUCAAGCUGGAAGAGCAUGAGAAGGCAGGGAAGGCCGCGAUUGAGAAUCCACAGUUCGGGAAGCUCGUGGUGUUAAGCCCUUAGGCAUAUUGAUGUUUCCCUGCUUCUGGUUUGUAUAUUGUUGGAGUAUAGAAAUUUGAUCUUUGUGUGAAUUCUUACAUGUACAUGUACAUGUACAUGCCUGAAUUUUAUCUACUAUGCUGCCGCGAGAGAGAAUUUCCUUGCCAAAGUUCCGUUACCAUCUUUGAAAGGUGCUGGAAAGAUAUAAGGGAAUGUGAACUAAAGACCAAUCACCAAACCACGACAUAUCUAAUAAAUAUGGUAGAAAAUAAC